AUGCCGCCUUUCCCGACGGACUGGAGGGACCCGUCAGCGGUGUACCCUCCUGGCCCGGCCGCGCCUAUGUAUGAAAUACAGCAGCCCUGGCAAGACCCAAUGCGCCAAGUAUUACCGCAAGCUUGGGCGGACCCCGAGCGGUCAGAUACCGGGAAGAUUGAGUAUACGGUCGUGGGCACCCGCAGGCCGAAGCCUCAUUGA